UAUAAUAAUGUGGGUGCAUUUCAUCAAACAUUUCUCAGUAUGGAAAUACACUCAUCAAUUUCCUUUACAAUUCUUAUUUUGUGAAAACAUGGAGGUCAAACUUUCCUGUUUCUUACUGAGGAAUGGAAAUCAACAAAGAACUAUUUAUCACUUUGUUUCAUCUCUACCCAAAAUGAACAUUUGUGCAGGCAUAGACAACCACUAUAUUUCCUAUACUAGACAAACUUUGAAUUCUGUGAAAGCUAGAAACAGUUUAGGGUGUAUUCAGCAAUGUGCAUCAAUAUCUAAGAAAAAUUAUGAGUUUCCAGUCAUCGUUGAGACAGAUUUAGAGGAGGACAUUGUCAAAGGGAGUGGCCCCGGGGGUCAGUCUGUCAACAAGACAUCAAACUGUGUGGUCCUGAAACAUUUACCUACAGGUAUAACAGUCAAGUGUCAUGAAACAAGAUCCCUAGCAAAAAAUAAAGAGAUUGCUAGAGAAAAGAUGAGGGAAAAAUUGGAUGAUUUCAUAAAUGGAGAAAAUAGCUAUUCUGCACAAGUGAUUAGGGAAAAGAGAUACAAGAAGCUAAAAGCCAAACAAAAGUCUAGAAAGAAGUACCAGCUUCUAAAAAACGAAAAGAAUGCCAGCGACUCAAAGACAGAAAUCAUGAACUCUGAUGCUGACCUAAACAACAUGGUGAACAGCAGUGAUUCUGAGACUAAGGACUCCGAUGUUGAUAAAACAAUUAAUUAAUGCACAUUAAUGAUGAGGCUUUUAUUUCUCUCAUCAGACCUAGUCUUAUGUGUUACCUUUACUAUAAAUAGGAUCAAUUAAACUGAUAUGGAUGUUUGUAUUUAUUAUAUCACUUAAGAAAUAAAGCCUUGUAUAGAAGUG